GGACAAAGUCUGUCAGCAACAAGGUGCCAGGUUGAGAGAAGAAAAGCCUGGGUUGCAGGUUGCAGCAGGGGGUUGAAGGCCAAAUUGUAGAAGGUAUCUGCAGAUUGCUUUAAAGCUGGAAAGGGCUGAAAUAUUGAGUGGGUUGCAUCAACAUGACAAAGCACUGGCCGGAGCAGAGCCUCCUGGCACCAGCCGCUCUGUUCCACAGGGGAGAACAUCGCGACAAUCAACUUGACUUCUGCAGAAAUGUGCAGCGGGGCUUUCCUUCCUGCGGUCUAGCCCAGCAGCAGCAGCAGCAACUGGGUGAGAUGGCUCCACAGCAGCAGCAGCAGCAGCCCUCUGCGCGCACCGAGCACCCCGGCGGUGCCUCCGGGCUCACGGGUCAAGCCACGCCAGCGCACCCGUCCUACCCGGACGGCGAGGACGCCAACGCCAAGCUGCGGGACGUAACGCAGGCGACGUGGAGGUCUGAACCGGAGAGAAGCGUUUCCUGCGGUGGGAAGAAGAAGAACUACCAGCGGUAUCCCAAACCGCCUUACUCUUACCUGGCUAUGAUCGCCAUGGUCAUCCAGCGGUCCCCAGAGAAGAAGCUUACGCUGUCGGAGAUCCUGAAGGAGAUCAGUACCCUCUUUCCAUUUUUCAAAGGGAACUACAAAGGGUGGCGGGAUUCUGUGCGACACAACCUUUCCUCCUAUGACUGCUUUGUUAAGGUGCUGAAGGAUCCGGGCAAACCUCAGGGAAAGGGGAACUUCUGGGCCGUGGACCUGAAUCGUAUUCCCCUGGAGCUUCUGAAGAGGCAGAACACGGCUGUGUCGCGCCAAGACGAGACCAUCUUUGCUCAGGAUCUGGCCCCCUACAUCCUGCAGGGACACAGGCCGGAAUCUGAGGCGCCCCCUCCUCCGGCCGAGUGUGUGACCUCUCUGCCGUCCGCGUCGCCAGGAAAUCCUUCACCGUCGCAGGAGGACUUGUUCCGACCCAAGCUGGACUCGUCUUUUGCCAUUGAUUCCUUGCUACACAGUCUGCGACCUGCGAGCGCUUCUGGAGAAGUAGACAGGGACUGCUGGGCCGGGGCGGAGCACCCUCGGCCUUCGCCGCCCCCGCGGCCUCAUUACGCCUCCUCUGCUAGCUCGGUGAGCCCCGCCUCCACCUCCUCCUCCUCCGAUGAGGAAUGGAAAGGUGUGUCCCACACUGGGAAGCGUUUUCCUCCUGAUGGGGGAACAGGGUCUGACGGUUAUGAGGACCACAGACCGCCGAUGCACAAGUCUGCCAGGCGGGAGACCGUAGCGCCUCCAUGGGAGCUUCCAACGUCCUACGCCAAGUAUGCCCCCCCUAACGCAGUGGCCCCACCUAGCAUGCGGUUCAACGGAGGCCCCUUGAUGCCGCUGCACGGCGGACUGCCGCUUUACAGCUAUGGCAGCUCUCCCAUGACGCCCGCCCACUUCCUAGGUCACUCGUACUGGCCGAUCCUCCCCGGCAGGCGGGUCUCGGUUCAACCCCCUCCUCUGCUGAUGGACCUGGACAACAUGCUGCAGUCUGUGCCUCCGAAUAAGAGCGUGUUCGACGCGCUGCUGCCCGCCAAUCAGAACCCUUACCCCCAUCACCCGCCUCAGAGUCAGUACACGCUGCAGAACGGGGCUCCUCUCAACAGGUAUCACCAGUACUGAGUCCUUCAUGGACCAAACAAGGAACCCAAGCUGGAAAUUAACUUUAAGCUCCAGACAAU